UGAUAAAAGUAGCGAAAUACUCAGGGAAAAAAUAAAAGCUUAGGUUUUUAUAAAUCGUUCUAAUAGGAUUAUAAUUUAUGAGUUUUAUAACGUUUAUGGUAUAGUACGAGACGCAUAAAAUCAAGAAUUUGAAGAAUUGACGAUGCUUCUAAGAAUUCGAAGCUGUGAGCCUUUGAUCCCUAUGCAGCAGUGGAUCCACACUGCUGAAUUGAAUCUUUCUGAUAAAACUAGCUCUAUUGCUGAUUUGUUGUAUAGUAUACUGUUAUUUAAUUUUGGAGAUUGUAAGGAUGGACGAUCUAUCCUUGUAGGGCCAGGGAAUCAAGCCAAAUAUGCAUUAGGAAAUGAACUUUUUUUACAACUGGUAAAAGAUGACUUUGCUUUACCGAUAUCUAUGGCAUAUCAUUUAUUUUUGAGCGAUUCAGAAGUAUUAGAAUUGCGUGCCCUUCCUAGGGAGGAAGCGUUACUGCGAGGCUGCGAAGUCAUGGCUUUACGGUUGAGCUCAUCCACUUCUCUGGACACAGCUCUUCAAGAAUGGAGCAACAACAUUCAGGGUAGGGGAAGUAAAGCUCACCUUCAAAACACUCAAGCUCCGAAACCAGUCAACAUGUUAGUUAGUUCCUCUUUACCCUACGCAACUCCAAAUAAUAGUGACUUUUCCACGAAAAAGCGUGAUGCAGCUGCCCCAUCGGCAUGGAAUGACACGUCAACAUCAAAGAAAAGCAAGUUGAAUCAUUCUACAGGAAGUGAAAUUACUUUCAACCCAAUGAAAGAAAAAGUCAACCUUCGUCCACUAGCCCUUCAGAAUCAACACAAACCCAUUAAAAACAAGGAAUCACCAAAAAAAUCUUCUCCGAGCGAAUCUUCAGAAUCCGAUGCUUCUUCCGAGGAAUCCUCAUCUGCCGUUUCUGUGUCUGUUUCUUCUGAUGCUACUUCUGUAUCUACAGCUGCCACUUCUUCAGAGACGGAAAGCUCAGAGAGCAGUUCUUCUUCUGACGAAAGCACUUCAAACUCGGACUCUUCAUCCAGCGACAGUGACUCUUCCAAUUCUGAAAAGUUGGAUCACUAUAUAGGACAAUCAAACGACGUGACAAAGAGCAAUACAUCUGGAUUUUCUCAUUCUCUAAACACAGCAAACGAAAUGUCUUAUUUUCGUGAUUCUUCUGCUUUGCAUACAACCAACCAGGAGACCCUUUGUUCUGGGAGCACAAUGGAUGGUGAAAGGACGACACUUUUUGACUCUGCAAAUUUCCUGAAGUCCUCCCCUAACGAUAAAGCUGAACCUGGUUUGGAGCACGCAAGUGAUAUUGUAUAUAAGCGUUUCGGUGAUCUCGGAACCGAUUCAGUUGAAUUCAGUACUUCUGAUUUUCGGUCUGCUGAAGAUAAAAAUGACGUUUCCAAUCAUCGUUCUUUUCAUGAACUCGACAAUGAAGACCUGAAUAGUUCAACUUCAGUUCAGCCUCCUGGUUCUGGAAGCUCUGCUACGAAAUCUAGAAAUCUCCGUCGUAAAAAAUCCAGAUUACUGAAAAAAUAUGGUCAAGAUAUAGAGUCUAUGCCAGGCGAUUUGGGUUUAGCGGAUAGAUCGUAUAUAACGGAUGAGAGCAAAGUUUCGAGUGAGGGACAAACUUCUACUUUCGAUUCAGAUACAAUCAAAGUUGAUCAUUCCUACAAUGCGGUUCCUAUAUCCAAAAGUACAAAUUUAGAUGUUGAGUUUCCUCCUGGCAGUCUACUGCGAUUUACCAUCAUGGACUUGAAUGCCAAUACAUACACACCGGAAAUCUCUGAAAAAUCAGGACGAGUCAUUACCUCGAAUGAUAAAGAAGUGAAAGUUCAAUUAGACACAAAGCAUCGUUACAAAAUCAAAUAUGGGUCAGAUGGUGAAAUUAUACGAGGUCGUUUUGGGACCAUACCGGAUGAGCAGCUUGUAGAGGGUAUCGCAACUUAUGGGUGGGAUCUUAUGUCAGAUAUUCAUAAGCUGGUAAAGUCAUGAAUGAAAAAAUAAUUCCCUAUAUCUUAGAUUAACGCGAAGAACAAUUACGAACAAGGCUCAAAUGAUUAAUAUCUUUAAUAUCUCCCGGGAUGUGCAUGUUACAAUCAUAUACUGAAUUUGCAGUCUUACUUUUAAUUUACAUAGAUAGAUUUGGUUUACUUCAGACGGACGUUGUUGACAAUUAGCACUUAAGUUCUUGCAUCUGUUUUUUGAAGAUUCAAAAACCCACAAAAUUUGAAAGCCUCAAGUUCUACUGUUUCUGUUUGUAAAUAAAUACAUACAAAUGUUUUAU